AUGGCGGCGGCCGCGCCGAGGCGCCCGGCUGAGGUGAGCGCCUCCCCGCCCCGCAGCCCGGGGUGCGGGCGCCCGUCCCCUCCUGCCGCCGGGCCCGUGGCCCCCCUCAGGCUGGAAGCCGGUCCUGGCGGUGGCGCGGCUGGUCGGGGCGGAAGCGGGCCCGCGCCCCGAGGGGAAGGGGAGGCGGGCGGUCACGUGGCUCCCCGGACUGCGGCCCGUGGGGCAGCGCCCGAGGCUCCGGGAGGAGGAGGACCGGGGGCUCCGCGGGCGGGGGAGGAGGUGACAGCGGGCACAGCUCCCGCCUCCCCUCCCGCUCGGGGUCCCCGGAAUGUGGGGGCGCUGGGAGGGGGCGAAGGCGUUUCCGGGUCCCUGUGCCCGGCGGGGAGCCCUCAGGCCCGGGGCGGGGCCUCUGAGCUGCGGGAGCUCCCGGGGGGAUGGGGACGCGGGGCCAGCGGUGCGGAGAGGCCUGUCCAGCGGCGGCUCCGGUCACGGUGUCCUCUGUCCCCGUUCCCACAGGCCGCGGUGACCUUGGAGGACGUGGCCGUGCGUUUCUCGCGGGAAGAAUGGAGGCUGGUGGACGAGGCCCAGAGACGCCUGUACCUGCGUGUGAUGCUGGAGAACUUUGCCCUUGUGUCCUCUCUGGGUAAGACUCACAGCCUCACCUGGGACUCGGGCUGGACUCUCCUCCCUCCCCCUCUCGGCUCUCUCAGUCCUCGGGCCUGGACCUCAGCAGGGCUGCCUCCCCGGUGCGGGGUGGCUGCUGUGCUGCUGGGCCUGUGGGUCUGCACUGCCUCUUCUCUCCCCUGCGCUGCCAGUGCUGAGCCCUUUGGGAAGGAUUCAAGGUCCGUCAGUCACAUCGCAUCGAGCUUCACGGAUUCUCAGUGUCUGGGCUGA